CUGGAGGAGAGGAGAAAAGGCGGCGGCCCGGCGGGGCUGAGAGGCCCGGAGAAGGAGGACUGCACGGGGGGUGUGGGGCGCCGAGCGGCCGGGACCGCGCGGAGCAGCCGGGCACGCCGGCCUCGGCAGCCAGGGCCUGGGCCGCGGUUCGGCCGCGCGGGGCGAGCUGGACUGGCCAUUAUGGAGGAGGAGCUGCAGCAUUCACACUGUGUGACUUGUGUCAGUAGACGGUGUAUGAUCAGACCGGAGCCUGGGAUCUCCUGUGACUUGAUUGGUUGUCCACUGGUUUGUGGAGCAGUUUUCCAUUCUUGUAAAGCUGAUGAGCACCGACUCUUAUGUCCAUUUGAACGAGUGCCUUGCUUAAAUAGUGAUUUCGGAUGUCCGUUUACAAUGGCUCGAAAUAAAGUUGCUGAACAUCUGGAAAUGUGUCCUGCAAGUGUGGUGUGCUGUACUAUGGAGUGGAACCGAUGGCCAGUUAGUUACGCAGAUCGGAAAUCGUAUGAAAAUCUAAGCAGAGAUGUCGAUGAAGUGGCACAAUUAGAUAUGGCCUUGGCCCUUCAAGACCAAAGGAUGCUCUUAGAGUCUCUCAAAGUAGCCACCAUGAUGUCAAAAGCAACUGAUAAAGUGGCAGAACCUAGAGAACAAAUCUCAGUUAAAUCAAGUGUCCCGGAAAUACCACAUACUAAUGGUUUGGUCUCUGUUGAUGAAGAAUCUUAUGGUGCGCUUUAUCAAGCUACUGUAGAAACAACCAGAAGUUUGGCUGCUGCCUUAGAUAUCCUGAAUACCGCCACAAGAGACAUUGGCAUGUUAAGUACAAGUCUUUGUGCUUCCGCAAAUGAAGUGAAUGAAGAGCAAAAUGCCAGAGAAAGCUUGCAGAAUAGACACUUGAAAGACCAGGACCAUCUUUAUGAGGAGGAGAUAGGAGCAGUAGGUGGAAUUGAUCAUAAUGACACAAGUCUGAAUUUCCAGUCUGAACAAAAUGGCUCAAGUGAUUUAUUGUAUGACUCGAACACCAGUUCUUAUGGCACUUCUGCUCUUUGUAAUGGCUUUUCUUUGGAAAAUAUAUGUACACAGGCCAUAGACCAAAGUCAGAAAUUACAUGGUGAUUCAAAACAAAGUAACUUAACAAAUGGAGAAUGUAUAGCAUCAGAUGGCACUUCAGAUCCUUCCAGUUCACUUUCAGUAGCAGCACAGCUUAAUGCUUUGCCUAAUGGCACAGUUCAGCACAUCCUCAUGCCAGAUGGUGAGGAUGAAGGAGAAUUGUGUUGGAGAAAAGUAGACUUAGGGGACUUGAGGAAUGUGGAUGUCUUAUCUUUCAGUCAUCCUCCUUCAUUCAGAUUUCUUUCUAAUUCAUGUUGGUCCAAACCAAAAGAAGAUAAAGCAGUAGAUACAUCAGAUUUGGAAGUUGCAGAAGAUCCAAUGGGCCUCCAAGGAAUAGAUCUAAUCACAGCAGCAUUACUGUUUUGUCUAGGAGAUUCUCCAGGUGGGAGGGGUAUAUCUGAUAGUCGCAUGGUUGAUGUAUAUCACAUUGAUUUUGGGACUCAGACUUUUUCACUUCCAUCUGCAAUAUUAGCUACAAAUACAAUGGUUGGGGAGAUAGCUUCAGCUUCUGCUUGUGAUCAUGCCAAUCCACAGCUUUCAAAUCCAAGUCCUUUUCAGACACUUGGGCUGGAUUUAGUAUUGGAAUGUGUUGCUAGGUAUCAACCCAAGCAGCGUUCAAUGUUUACAUUUGUUUGUGGACAGUUAUUUAGAAGAAAAGAAUUUUCUUCCCAUUUUAAGAAUGUGCAUGGUGACAUUCAUGCUGGACUCAAUGGCUGGAUGGAACAGAGGUGUCCUUUAGCAUAUUAUGGUUGUACCUACUCUCAGCGUAGAUUUUGUCCAUCAACCCAAGGAGCAAAGAUUAUACAUGACCGCCAUUUGAGGUCAUUUGGAGUUCAGCCUUGUGUAUCUACCGUAUUAGUGGAGCCUGCUAGAAACUGUGUGUUGGGAUUACAUAGUGACCAUCUAAGUAGUCUUCCUUUUGAGGUCCUACAACAUAUUGCAGGCUUUCUUGAUGGCUUCAGUUUAUGCCAGCUGUCAUGUGUAUCCAAGUUAAUGAGGGAUGUAUGUGGCAGCCUGCUUCAGUCGCGUGGAAUGGUCAUACUGCAGUGGGGGAAAAAGAAGUAUCCAGAAGGAAAUUCAUCAUGGCAAAUAAAAGAAAAGGUAUGGCGAUUCAGUACUGCAUUUUGUUCUGUAAAUGAAUGGAAAUUUGCUGACAUCCUAAGCAUGGCUGACCACUUGAAGAAAUGCAGUUACAAUGUUGUAGAGAAACGGGAGGAAGCAAUCCCACUGCCCUGUAUGUGUGUGACACGAGAACUCACUAAAGAAGGACGUUCACUUCGCUCAGUUUUAAAACCUGUACUUUAGAGACUGUAACUCCACUUGCACAUACAUGCAAGCACCUAGUGUAAUUUGUUUGUCAUAUGUGACACUUUAUUGUAGUAAAGAUUACAACUAGCUAAAUUUAUUGCCACUAUGUAUAUAAUGUUUUGAAGUGACAUAUAUUUUUAUAAAGUCCUGUUUAGUUGGAAAAAAGUUGCCUUAAUGUUUGAAAUGUGUGAAAUUUUUGGAACUUGCUGGACAGGGUGAUUUAAUUUUUAGCGACAUAAUUUUCAGAACUAGUAUUUUUAAUGGUGUGCAUAUUUUGGUUUUUAAUUUUUUUGCUUCUUAAACUAACAAGAUCCUGACCAAACAAUUUAUUCCUCAUGUUUUCUGUGGGUUAUAACCCAUGCAUUCGAAAAGCAAAACUUUGAAUCAAAUUUUUUCAGCAUUUGUUUUUCAGAUAAAAACAUUCACUUGCUUAAGGACUGCCAUAAGAUCAUUAUAAGAUUUUUAUUUUCUAGUGCUCCCCUUAUACAAUUGUUGAUACACAGAUGAUCUUUAAUAUAUAUUUAGGUAAUAUUUAAAAUCAUGACAGAUGUUUGGUAAUGCAUUUAUCAUGUUUUAAAAAGACUCACAAAAAUAUUUUCACCUUAUAUAUUUGCAGCUCUUAUACAGAGAAUGACCAUAUGCAACUUUGCGUUUUUGUUAGACACCGCAUCCGAAGACUCAUGGCAGUGUGUUUUAUCACAGGUUAAAGUGAAAACAAAAAGCCUGUGAAUUUAUUUUAAUUUGAAACUGUUCAUCAUAUUCUGCAUUUGCUAGGUUUCUGAUAUUUGGAGAGAAGAAAAUAUACCUCAUUUAAAGUUUGGGUUGGGCACAUUGUGUGAAUAAAUUUCAAAUCUUCAGAAUGCAAAGGGCUUAACUUUCUUUCCUAAGCAUUUAAAAUUUUGCCUUUUUAUAAAUCACAACUAUAUUGUUUUAAGACGUUUAACAAUGUGAAAUUCGGUGUCUUUGUAAGAUGACAAUCAUGAAAUGGAGAAACCUGUCUUGGUUGACAAUCUCUUUAAAACAUUUCCAAGUUUAUUUCCCAUAGACUUCUCUACCAAAAUAGUAAGAAUUGCAUCUUUGUGUAAAGAUCAAGGUAUAACAGAAAAAUACUCAAAGUCUUAUUGUUGAGGUACUUUAUUAUAGUUUUCAAAUUGACAUACACCAUAAUUAACCUGAUGUUAAUUAAUCAGUUUAAAAAAAUGAAUAUAUGGUGUCAGUAUUUAGAAAUAAAUUGCAAAGAUGGGGACAUAUACUUAAAUAAUUUGUUUUAAGUAACUCCUGGCAUUUAGUAGUCUGAAAUGGUGACAAGUUACUUUGCUAUAAAACAUCAAACUUCUCUUAUGUUUUCUUAACAUUUGUCCCUGAGAAUGCUCUAUUGUUAUUAGGGUCUUGAUUACCAUAUAUGGCAAUCAGACUGGGCAGAGGUGUUCCUUGGGCAGUAGCAAAAACACUCUCAACUACUUAAGACUUCUUUUGGUUGGAUCACAUCCUUAUUACAGUUGGAAAUAUAGCAUUGAAGGCUAAUCAGUUGUUUUGCCUCACCUGUCAUUUUAAUUAAUAGAAUAAUUAUUUCUCCAUGUUGAAACUUCAACUGUGAGAUUGAAUUCUAUACUAUUUCUGUAAAAAGUCAGAAAUAAGAUACCAAAUACUGUCAAAUAUAACUCUGCCUUUUAAAGUUUUGCUGAAGAAUGUGUCUGGUUAGGAUAGCACAAACAUUAACUUUUUGUUUUAUGGUUGUGCUUGUUUGGUUUUUAAGUUUAGACUUUUUGUUUCCACACUGGAUCAUGAGAUAUUUAACAGUUUUCCACCUUAUAUUUCUUUUACACAUCUUUGGCUGUUUUCUUUUUUGUUUGUUAUGCCACCAUAUGAUUUUGUUAAAAUGUUUUCUUUGUGCAGCAUUUGUUCAAAUUCUAAUAAAAUUAAUAUUUUCCCUUUAUGUGGCUCAGUAACUUAAAAAGAAAAACUUUAUUUGAAAUAAACUUUUAAUACUUGUUUGAGAAAUUCCAAACACAGUGUUUCUAAUAAGUGUUCAUUUUCUGCAUGUUGUAAAAGUUUGUUGAUUAUCAUUGCUCACCCUUGUUGUACUGGUGGGCAUUUUUUUUUUUUUUUUUAUUUUAUUGAUAUGGAAAACUCAUUGACUUUCUGUGCCUUUUCAGUGUCUUCUUGAAAUUAGUCUCAUCUAGGCGUUUUGAAAGGCUGAAGAGUUUCUGGCUAUAUUGUUUUUCUAAAACUUGUAAUGGGAACAAUCUAUCUGGGUGUUUAAGCGUGAAAAGGUUUGUGUGUCAGUUGUCAUUUGAGAGUCUUUGUUGAUUUCUUAGUUUUUUCUGACCAAGAUAAAGGGCAGGUGUCAGGAUGGAAGGAAAUACCUGUAUUAAAUUUUAUCUGCUGCCUCCUUCCCUAGAACUGCAUGUCUCUGUUUUUCUCAUUCUCUAUCUUUCUGUCUCUGUAAUUGCCUUUUGAGACUCACAGAUCACUUAACAGUAGGGGUUCCUAGGAUCAUCUGGGAAUUUGUUAGAAAUGCAGAUUCUUGGGUCUCUCUGUAGACUUAAUCAGAAACUCUAUGAAGGAAACAGCAGUCUGCUUUAACAGAAGCCUUCAGGUGAUUCUGAUGCACUGUAAGUCUGAGAACUUAGAGAAGAGCCUGGGACAUGCCAGCUAUUCUCCUGAAUGAUGUACUAUUGGAGUCGGUAUGUUUGAGUAUAUACACACGUGUAAUCCAAAAUUAAGAGUAAUGGUAAUUUGUUAUUAAUGGUUAAAUUAAGUGAUGUAUGUUGUGUCAAUCGUAUAGCUAUAUGACAAAAUACAUUGGGUGCCAUGGUUGUUGGACAUUUUUUUAAAAAAACUAGGACUUACUAGUGUUUAAGUUUUACUAGUGUUAUUACUAGUAUUUCACUUGUGUUUCUUCUGUUCAAAGUAAAUUGCAGUGCAACUUACAGUUCAUUAGCAUUAACCUUUAGCCUUGUCAUCAUCCGUUCUUGUUUAGUGGUUGCAGAGUCAUGUGAACAUAUUCGAUUUCUAGGAUAAACAAAAAGAGUAGACGUAGACAUACUGGAUUAAAUCCUACAAAAAUAUUUGUAGGAAUCCUUUCAACCCUAUCAUUUAGAGAUAUUAAAGGUUGAUAGUCUGGUAAUCUUUUUUUAGUCUUUGAGCCUGUGCUACAUAUCCCAUCAGUGUAGUUGCUGUUAUUGACAGUGGAUAUUAGGAUCUUAGUAACUUCACAGAUAAUGAGGUUUUCAACAAAACUUCCAUAUCCCUUGACGAUAUGGUAGUUUCCAUUACUAUAUUGAUAGCAUAUUGUUAACCUCUAGCAACUUGCAGUUUUUGGCAUUUAGAAGCAAAAUAGAUUUCUUCGUAUCUUGCAUCCCAACCUAAAAAGAUCUAGGACUUAUUAAUUGUAAAAAUUUUCUAAGGACUAGUUAUGCAAACAUUUAAAAAUUGUUUCAUGCAUGACACACCAUGUCAGAAGGUGACAGGAUUGGGUCCCCUGCAGGUGGAGGUUUAGGAUUGCAGUAGAAGAAAGCAGCUAGCCCUCAGUCUCUUAGUAGACUGGCCAAAGGACAAAGUCUCCCAUGGGAAGGAUUUCUCUCAUAUGUGUUUGAUUACCUAAAUACUCCUCUAAGUAGUCUUACCUAACAGGUUCAUGAGGCCUAGAAAGUAAGGGAAUGUUAGUUAUCCCUUUAAAGAAAAUCAACUCAUGAGUGACUCAUCCAUUGUAUUUAAUUUAAUUCAGUGAUGGGUUUUGUUAGGAUUUGACCUAAAUCUGAUUCCCAAACAAGUUUUGAGCUGUGUAAGUAAAGACCAAGUCUUGUAAACUUCUUUCUAAAUAAACCAAGGGAGAGGAAGGAUGGUUUUGUUUUAAUGUCACUUUUUAUGUAAUUAUUUUCUUUGAUUUAAAAGGUCAAAGUAAGUUCAAAAGAUAAGUCCUUUCAAGUUUCUGUUCUAAUGAUGACAAAAUUGAGGUACUCAAAGUUCAGGUACUGAUGAUUGUAUGGGGAUAUGAUUGUAUGGGGAUAUUUCAGAGAAAUGUGUCCUCACCACCGGGUUUACUUUUCUACUUUACUAACUCAGAAAGAAGGGACAUUUAGAUAUAAGGAAAUUACUUUGGAAAAUGUUGUUGCCUGGCAUAUUUGAUUCCUAAUAAGUGUUGUAGAAAGAAAUAUUGGGCAAUACCAAGAGGAAAAAAACUAGAAAGAAACUAAGUGUGUUGUUCGGAAAGUCCUUUGCAAAAACUAGGUUUUUUGCUGAGUUUUUGCCAAGUAUUUUUUUGCAUCUGUGAUUGGUAAAAUUCUAUAUAGGCUUAUUGUUUAUAUAUAUAUGUAUAUUUAUUUGCAUGUGUAAUCUUCACGAAUUG